AAAAGGAAAUAAAACAUUAGAAGAAGAAGAAAGAAGAUGAGAGCUCUCAUGUGCUCACACCACACACCACCGUUAUCAUUUCUCUCAAGAACCAUUCCCAAAAGCAAACCUCAAGAUCCAAAAACCCUAAUCCCUAGAAACAACAAGAUCAGAUAUGAAUCUAGGGUCCACGCGAGCCCUAAGGGAUUUCAACCUUCUAAAAACUCUGAAAAACCUGGUAAGUCAGCCCCGGACCCGGAAGACGACCCGCCGAUACCUCAAGAAGUGUUCGAGAGGAUGAUGGGGAGGAUCGUGGUAUCGGUGGGGACACCACUGGGCUUGGGAGUGGCAAUCUUGAAGUUGCUUGAUGUUUUGAAGGAUAGAAACGUCUGGGACGUGCCUUUGUGGGUUCCAUUCUUGACUACGCUCGUGACCUUUGGUGCGUCGGCUCUUGGGAUAGCGUACGGGAGCUUGUCCACAAACUUGGACCCGACCAAGACUAACUCUCUUUUCGGACUCGACGAGGCAAAGGAGAAUUGGGUAGAGAUGUGGAAAGAAGAUCAGUAAUGUUGAUCUUUCUGCCUCUUGGCAUGUGUGAGUACAUAAGUUAAUUCAUAUCCCUCCGUUUUUGUUUGAUAUUCUUUUUUCAUUUUAACCAAGUAUGGAACACUUUUUUAUUUUAGUACGAAGAGAAAUAACCAAAAUGUCUACUGUAUUUG